AUGUUCGCUUUGGGCAAGGAUGGUCUGUGCUUGUCUGGAGCUGACACAGAAAACAAAUACCAUAUCAGUGGUACGGCGAAAAAGGCGGACUGUAAAGACGGUAUCGGCAAGGGAGAUAGUAUGUUCGUUUAUUCUUGGGGUAAGUGUUGAGUGUUGUUCAUACUUGUUCAAGAUCUAGAGAGUUCAGACGUGGACUGUGCCGCUGCAACAAGACAAGCACAUGUCUUAAAAGUAUAUAGAAAUGUGUUUGCUAACAAUUUUCUUGUACCACGAUGUCUUUUAAGAUAUCUGUGAUCAGAUUGAUAUAUAUUCACGUUAUUAAAAGAGAAAUGACUUGUUGUGCUAUGCUUUUUCUGGAGGCCAAUAUGCGAAGCUUUAUUCAUUGUUGACGUUAGAGGGACACGUUGAUGCUUAGAAAGCAUACAUAGUCAUGCGGAGGCCGGAGAGCUUACAACUUGAGUAAUAUUUAGCAAUUAAUGAAUGAGGCCGAGUAGCAUAUGAAGAAUUAGGCAGAUCGAGGAGGGUGUAGCCGAGGUGGAUAACACCCUCCGAGAUCUGGGCCUAAUUCUUUAAAUCCUACGAAAGCCGAAUUCAUUAAUUGCUUUAUUAUUCAUUCAAAAUAAUUCCUAGUUAAAAAACAAGCAAAAACAUGAUUACCUUCGUCGAUGUCAUGAUAGUGGAAGUUUAGAAGACAAAGGGCUGUUCAGGUCUGCAAUUAUAUCCAAAUAGCAGAUGUUGUCCAUCGAGUUGUCUUCUUGCUAUGUUUUUAGACAAUAGUCCGUCGUCAAACGAGUAAAAUGUUUCGCAGAAUGUUCCGCCAUUUUUGUUUUCACAACCAAAAUAACUCAGCCUCCUCCCCAGGUCUUCUCGGUUAACAGCAACUGUGCUGCACUUUUGACGUCAUCGGCUGAUUAAUCGCAAAGUUCUUCCAAAUUGACCACUCCAGAAAAUACUAUACCAUGAUGCUCUUUGUUUGUCACCCCAAAAUUUUGCAUAAGCAUUGUCUUCAAUUUCUCUUGGGAGUUAAAAUGGCCCCAAGAGAAACUGAAAACAAUGCUUAUGCAAAAUUUUGGGGUGACAAAGAAAGAGCAUCAUGGUAUGUUAUGGUAUUUUCUGGAGUGGUCAAUUUGGUCAACAGUAGCUGGUUAUGGUGAAUUAUGCGUGUUCUUUUAUCCAAUCAGAAACGGGGAAAUAGUUUGAAAGAAUAAUAAUUAUUUCUAUUAAAAACUGAAUCAUUGGAUGACGCAAUUCUAGAACUCUGAUUGGCUUAGCUAUCAUGGUAUAAGAGCCAUUAAUUCAUGCUCUCCAAAUAUGGUAACUGUACGCGUCUGCUCAAAAUUAAAGACAAGUUGAAAAUCGGUUGUUUUUACAAAUGAAGCCGGGAAUAAUUCUAGAUAUUUCGUAGGCGUUUUUAAUAAAACAAUUAUUUCACUCGCUCUUGUUGGAUAUGAGAUGAUUAUAGCCAACUCGGCGAUACGCACCUCGUUGGCUAUUUACCAUCUCAUAUCCAACGCACACUUGUGAAAUAACAGCUGUUAAUUAUAUAGAUGGAGAAUAGCGCAAUACAAGGCAAAUUGUACUACCGGAAGUACGCUACUGAAUCUCUGACGAAGCCACUUGCAAUUGAAGGUUCAAUCACCAUGUUUCUCUUCUCCUCUUAAUUAAUUUUCCUUCUUAAUUCAUUUCUUGCCAGACCCCUUACCUGAUCUUCAGCCACUUGGAUGUUAUAAGGACAAUCGCGGAGAUCGCGCCUUACCAAAUGAAUACGCUAACUUUCGAAGUCAGAUGAACUGGAAGCAACUGGAGACCGUGCAACAGUGCGCACAAGUGGCCUUCAACAAAGGUUACGAAUACUUUGCUGUUCAGUUUUACGGCGUGUGUUAUACUGGAAAUGACACUUCGCAAACUAAAUAUGACAAGCAUGGCAAGAGUCACAAAUGUGUGGAAAUUGACAAAACCUUAGGAUUUCGAGUGGGAAAGGGGAACACUAAUUUUGUUUAUCGGAUAAACUAUGCCAAAUAAAAUUGAUGCAACUCAUGAACAAAGCCGAGCUACUUUCCAUACUCUGCCUUGAAUUAGGUCUGUUUGUUGAGUUAAAACCGCGAUAACUUUUCCUCUUUAACUACCACUCGACACAUCGAUCUUCGAUACCAC